GCGCGGGGGGCGGCGCGGCGGCGGGCGCGGAGCGGAGCGCGGCGGCGGGAGGCGGGCGCUGUCCAUGGCCCUGCGGAGCGCCGGGCGCCGCCGAGCGGAGCCAUGGGCAACACGGUGCACAAGACCCUGGCAGACACAAGCCACCAGACCCGCUCCGUGUCCAGCCGUCCCUAUUACAGUUUGCCCAACAGCAGCCAUGAGAGACGCUCGGUCCUCGCUAUCACGGAGCCGCCGCGGUUCCACUCCCAAGCCAAAGGCAAGAACGUGCGUCUGGACGCUCACUCCCGCAAGGCCACGCGGAGGAACAGUUUCUGCAACGGCGUCACCUUCACCAACCGGCCCAUCCACCUCUACGAGAAGGUCAGGCUGAAGCUGGUGGCUGUGCACCACGGCUGGAGCGGGGCCCUUCGCUUCGGCUUCACCAUUCACGACCCAUCGCAGAUGAGCUCUGACGAGAUACCAAAGUACGCCUGCCCGGACCUAGUCACCCGACCCGGAUACUGGGCCAAGGCUUUGCCAGAGAGGUUUGCUGUGAGAGACAAUAUCUUGGCCUUCUGGGUUGACCGUCACGGGAGAGUCUUCUACAGUAUUAAUGACGAGGAGCCAAUAUUGUUUCACUGUGGUAUUAAAGUUUCUGGUCCUCUCUGGGCACUCAUAGAUGUCUAUGGAAUUACCCAUGAAGUGCAAAUACUAGAUAGCAUGUUUGCAGAGACCAUGACCACUGCCCGUCUCAGCACGGCCCGUCUCAGCACUUGCCUUCCACAGAGCAACCACGAUUCGGCCAACUUCAAUAACAACGAACUGGAGAAUAACCAAGUGGUGGCCAAAAUUGCAAACCUAAACCUAAGUCGCGUUCCAGGGCUUGGGACAGACAACCACAUCAUCCCCUGUUGCCCAAACCGACGGCAGCGUGCCCAGGGGGUCCCAGCCUUCCUGGACACAGACCUGCGAUUCCACCCAACCCGGGGACCUGACAUCACCUUUUCUCAGGACCGGAUGGUUGCGUGCACCAACUGGCAAGAAAGCAAUAGGACUUUGGUGUUUUCUGACCGGCCUUUGCACAUCGGUGAAAGCCUCUUUGUGGAAGUAGGACAUCUUGGGUUGCCAUACUAUGGUGCCCUUUCGUUUGGCAUCACUUCUUGUGAUCCGAGUACUUUACGGACAAAUGAGCUCCCAGCAGAUCCAGACUUUCUCUUGGACCGCAAGGAGUACUGGGUGGUUUAUCGAGCGUUCCCGGUCCUCAACAGCGGCGACAUUCUCAGUUUCAUGGUCUUGCCGAAUGGAGAGGUGCACCACGGGGUGAAUGGAGCCAGCCGAGGAAUGCUAAUGUGUGUGGACACCUCACAGUCCCUCUGGGUGUUUUUUACAAUCCACGGUGUAAUCAACCAGCUCAAAAUACUGGGCACUGUGCAGUCCAGCCCAGUGACCGUCUCGCCCUCAGGAUCCCCCGGCGGCUCGCAGUACGACAGCGACUCGGACAUGGCCUUCAGUGUCAACAGGUCGUCGUCUGCUUCAGAGUCGUCCCUCGUGACUGCUCCCAGCUCCCCCCUGAGCCCCCCCAUCUCUCCCGUCUUCCCCCCUCCGGAGCCAUCAAGCAGCAAGAACGGGGAAUGCACCGUCUGCUUUGACAGCGAGGUGGACACGGUGAUCUACACCUGCGGACACAUGUGCCUCUGCAACACCUGCGGUCUUAAGCUGAAGAAGCAGCUCAACGCCUGCUGCCCAAUCUGCCGACGGGUCAUCAAAGAUGUUAUUAAAACAUACCGCCCUUAGCGCCCGGCUCGGGCUGCAGGAAGGGGGAACGCCGCUAGCAGUAACCAUGCCUUUCCGUCCCUGCUUAUGGGUUAUCGUGCUGGUCAGUCGUUAUCAAGUGGCUCGUUAUCUGUGUUUCCUUAUUUGACUGGUAGGGCACAAUUCAGGGAUAAAAUUGAGCUGAGGAUCACGUAGGGCCCCAAGGCACGGCUGCCGUGCCAGCUACGCUGUGUGCCCAUGGGCAAAUCCAGGGAACUGUGGUCUGGACCCGACCCAGCUGCAAAUGAGAGAUUUCCCGUGCAAAGGCUCUUUUUUUCCUCCUCCUCCUCCGGGGGAGGCUCACUGUGGUGUGGGUCAGGAAGGGGAGGUUGCCACUUGGUCAGUGCCGGGUGCCACUGGGCUUCCUGACCCCAAAACCCCAGCAGCUCUGGGCUGCUGCCGGGUGCUCGCGCUGUGGUGGGACAAAAUUAGGACAAGGCCCAGUGGGAGGGUUCAAAGUGGACAAAACUGAUCUGGAGAUGUCAUUUUCAUCCCUGUACGGGGAACUAGCGAAGGCCAAAAUAGUAGCACAGCCAGAUUCUCACUUGUUUGGGUUUCACCCCCCUGAACAGGCUUCUGGGGCAUGUGAAGAAGCUGGUCUGGACUUAGAUAAAGCAGCUUUUGCUUUCUGUGGCAGAGCAGGGACUUUUGGCCAGGGAGGCUGAGACGCGGGGAGCAGUCACAGGGUAGCAGUGAGGACCACGAGCCCACCGAGAGUGCCAGCCAAGCCCAAGUGCUGCAGCAGCGAUGGAGCAGCGGGUGGCAGCCAUGGGCUGCUCAGGCACUGCCCGUACGUCUGGCUGCCGAAGCCGUAAAUUGCAACCUGGGGAUGAGAUGGGUGUUUGGAUGGACACUCUGCAGUCCUGGCUUACGAAAAGCGUGGGGCUACGUCCGUCCGUAAUGAUGGUGUUUGUCACCGCCAGGCACACGCGCCUGCAUUUUGCUCUGCUCCUCUCCGCAGGCGGCAUGGCUGCCGUCUCACGCCGUCCCGCCCGGCUCGCCUCCCCAGCCCUUCCCCUGCAGGGCUCAGCCUUCCUCCCGCCCCGGCACAGGGACUUUUUGGAGCCUGUGGUGAGAAAUUAAUUUCUGACCCAGUCCCAGCAGGCUUAGCUUUUUUCUGGGUACUGUGUAUGUGCUGAUUUUACCUGCUCUUUCUCCUGCCUUUCCAGGUUUCCCAGCACGGCUCCCAGCUGCCUGGGUCCCAACAGCAGAUGAGAACUUACUGAGAUGAACAGGGGUCUUUACUUGGGAGGAGGAAAGAAAAAGGCUCUGGGGCUAUUAUUAGAUGGUGGGACUUAAAAGGUAAAUGGGUUUCAGCUGUGAUAUUAGACAGCUACAGGCAGCAGCAACCUGGGUGAGCUGGGCACCGUCCGAGCAGGCGGCAGCGGGGCUGGUGCAGGGAGCUCGGUAUCCUCCCUGCUGCUCCCGCUGGAGACGCCCUCCAUCCUCCGUCCACUCCCACCGCUCCUCUCCGGUCCUUCAGCCCCGGCCUGGCUGGUUUCCAGCUGGUCCAGGUUCAUAAAGAGGGGAAAGGAGAGGAUGCAAAUGGAAGGAUGAGAGUCAUUCUGGUGUCAUUCUAUCUGGGUGACCACGUGCCACCGAGUGCGUAAGAACGGCUUUCUUCAGAAAGGUGCAAUUAUCACAUUUUAGUCCAAAAAAGAAAAAGAAUAACAACGCCUGUACUUUUCAGGGCUUCUGGGCACAGAGGGGCAGCCUGACGUUGUCGGUGUCUCUCACCUCACCCUGUCUCCUCCGAGGUGCCAGUAGCCGUGGGUUUGUUGUCACCUCUUGCGGUGCCGCUGCCUGGGUGGGGGCUUGGCGGUGCCGGCGGUGCCACGCUUGGUGAACCCAGCGGCACUCAGCCCCAUCCCAGCCCCGCGCUGCCGUCACGCUGAGCGCACCCGGGGAAGCAGCUCAUCUCGGCAGGCUGUGCCAGCAUGCCAGCUCACAGGGCAUGGAGAAAACUUUGAGAAAACUUUUCUUUUUUUUUUUCCUUGAGGAGCUAAUUAAUAUUUUAAGGGUCUAAAUGAGAGGCUGCUGUAGAGUGAGAUCUCUCACCCAUUGACCGGCUGCACGGGCACAAGAGCCCGCUGGCUUUGCAGAGCCCUGUUUGGAAACUCGGCUCGUGCCACUGGCUGUGCCACCGCCGAGGAUGUUGAGCCCUCAGCAGAGCCACUGGCACUGCCCUUUGCAGACCAGGGUCCAGCUGCCGUCCGUGGGCAUCACACUACGAGCGUGGUGAUGGCAAAGUGCGUGAGCACGGGAUGAAAGGCCAGGUGGGUCAGCCCCUGCCUGGUGAGUGGGCUCGGUGGGAAGCCUUUGCGUGAUGAAGAAUUCAAGGAAAGCUGUCUGAAUCCACAGCGAGCGAUGCUAGCUUGGAUCAGGUCUGGGCUAGCAAAGGCCAGCGGCCGUCCCUGGGGUCGCUCUCCUCGUUUCAGGGGUGCCCGGUCCCUUUCAGUGGCUGGUUACAGCUGCUACGGGCAGAGUCCAUGUGCUUGGCUGACACCUCAGGUCCUCAAUGAGCGGGACUAAUUGCGUACCUGGGGUGGAGUGGGGUUUUUUUUGGUGUAGCUCUCUUUUUUUUUUUUUUUUUUUCAAAGCCAGCAAGGAGAAAUACCGACUCCACCCCAGGCUGUGUCCCAGCUGUUCAGGACCCAUUGCCCAGGUUGAAUUUUUGCUGUAGCAGCCAAGACUGGUUUCCAGAAGGGCAGCAUCCAGCGGGGCCAGCAAGGGAGAGACAGGGGUCAGGGGCCGGAGCGCGGCCAUGCAGCGAGCGGGACGGGAGAGCAGUGGACGCGUCCCCCUGCCUAUCCGAGAGCAACAGGAUUUUUUCCAAAAUAGGCCUCUUAUAAAAGAUUUCCAGGAAAAGGUAGCCUCUUACAGAUUUAAUUGUUAGUACUCGUAUUGCUAUUUUUUUUAAACAGUCCGAUGAUAUAUGAUUUGUACAGAAGAUCUGUUUGUGCCUUAUAAGGGUGUCUGUGCACUUUUUAUCCUUUUUAAAGCAACUUUUAAAAAGAAAAAAAAAAGGGGGGGGAGAAAACAACACAGAUCAAUGGUAGUUUUAUAGAAUUUUGUGUUCACUGAGAACCCUGCUUUUUUUAGAUAUAUAUAUAUAUAUACCGGAGUGAAACAGUGUUUAUUUCCAUGGAUUUCCCCCCCCCGCCCCUAAUCUAUUUGUUCAAAAAUUAAAAAAAGGAAGAAGGAAAGAAAAAGAAGAGAUGGGGGAACUCUUUUACCUUCCCCCUUUCCGAGACAGUUCCUCUCUUAUCGUUACCUUUAUGAUUCAAUACUGUGACCUGUACAUCAUGUUUAAGCUGAAUCAGAUUUUGGACCUCUGUAUUAGGCUUUUCAAGCAAAUCAUCUGGGGGGCCGGGGGGGGAGGGCAUCGCACGAGGGAGGGAGCUGCACUUCUCCAUGUCAGUGCUCUAUAGCGUUGUGUUCAGUGCCGUGUGUUUUACUUUUGUCCAUUUACCUGUUUUACAUUAAUAUAAUUUUACUUGUUUAUGAAACAAAUAAAAUUUUGGCUUGUAAGGAGUGCUCCCGGACAUUUAAAAGUGAUUGACCCGGAGGGCGAGCGAAUCCGUUAUUUC